AUGGCCGGGCUGGGCGGCGGCCCCGCCGCCUUCGGGCGCUGCACGCACGCCGUGGUGCGGGCGCUGCCCGAGUCGCUGUGCCGGCAGGCGCUGCGCAGCGCGGCGGGCCCUGAGGUGGACUUCGCCCGCGCGGAGCGGGAGCACCAGCUGUACGUGGGCGUGCUGCGGGGCAAGCUGGGGCUGCAGGUGCUGGAGCUGCCGGCCGACGAGAGCCUCCCCGACUGCGUCUUCGUGGAGGACGCGGCCGUGGUCUGCGAGGAGACGGCGCUCCUCACCCGCCCGGGCGCGCCCAGCCGCAGGAAGGAGGUUGAAGCCAUGAAGAGAGUACUAGAAAGUCUCAACCUCAAUAUAGUAGAGAUGGUAGAUGAAAAUGCAACCUUGGAUGGUGGAGACGUCUUAUUUACAGGCAGAGAAUUUUUUGUGGGUCUUUCCAGGCGGACAAAUCAACGUGGUGCAGAAAUUCUGGCUGACACAUUCAAGGAUUAUGCUGUCUCCACAGUCCCUGUUCAUGAUUCUUUGCAUCUGAAGAGCUUUUGCAGCAUGGCUGGACCAAACUUGAUUGCUAUCGGAUCAAGUGAAGCUGCACAGAAAGCCCUCAAGACCAUGCAACAGAUGAGCGACCACCGCUACGACAAGCUGACGGUGCCUGACGAUGCUGCAGCAAACUGCAUCUACUUAAACAUUCCCAGCAAAGGCCACGUCCUGCUGCACCGAGCCCCCGAGGAGUACCCGGAGAGUGCAAAGGUAUUUGAAAAACUGAAGGACCACAUGCUGAUCCCAAUAGCCACCACAGAACUGGAGAAAGUAGAUGGGGCACUCACCUGUUGCUCUGUGCUUAUUAACAAAACUUCAGAAUUAUGAGUUUACAGAGUCCCUCCCUUGUAACUGGCAAUAAUGUUACACACAAGGUAGACGAAUCUGUAUCCACACUUUUAUUGUUUUUAUUGACAAUCUACUGUACCACUGUGCUACUAACCCUUGUUUACAAAUCUUUUGCUUUGUGUAUUUUUAUUAUGUCCUUGCAGAUGGUAUUUAAGGUGGAUGUACGGUUUGUUGGGGGGCACAUAACUUGAAGUAUGUUAGUCUCAUGGGCUAGCGGAAGACAAUUAUAAUGGCUAACCCCUAGCUUUAGUGAUUUAACAUAUCUGUGUGAAAAUUUUAUGAAAACCAACUAAUUCUCAACGUGUCAAGCACCUCUGUCUUGACACUGUUCCCUUCUGUCUUUUUUUCUCUUGCUUCCUUGCUCUGCAUCUUUUUCCUUUCUCGGUCCUCUUUACUUUCAGUGAUGCAAGAUAUCAGGGGGACUGAAGAAAACUCAGCGGGCUCAUGAACUUGGUAUCUUGUGUGGUAGGGAAGCUUUCCGUAUAGUAGCUGGAACAGUGAGCAAUGGACUGUGCUCGCUGUCUCGGCCAUAUCACGUUGCUGCUGCUGGGCAGAGUUGUGGCUGGAAUCAGUUUCAGAUGCCAGGUAGCAAAUUUGGAAAAAGCUUCCUCCGACGGGAGCGUUCAAGGGCAACGUAUGCCUGGGAAACCUGAAUGACAGAAAAAGAGGGAGUAGUGCAGCCACACAAGAUCUGUCCUGCAAGUUCAGGUUCCAGUUUGCUGCUAGUGCCGUGACUUUCAAUUUGCUGAGAAUAGGAGUUUUUAAAAAGGCCAGAUCCCAUGGAGCACCCGGACCACAAAAAUGAAAGACUGAGAUGCUUUUGGAAAAGUUAAACCUACAAAAGUAAUCUAAAAUAUGGGGGGUUUAAAUUCUUUUUGUUUACUUUUAAAAUUUUUUUCUGUCUCUCCUUUCUGUUUUCUCCUCUUUUGGAGGCCACUUACUGGCAAAAUUCAAAAGAAAAGGGUGAUAGAAGGAGUUGAAGGACAGCUAUUCCUGGAUUAUGCUCAUGAAUAAGGGAAGCUAUUUUUUCCUGAAAGAUUGGCAUUUGUACUUUAUCUGCCCUUGGGGCUGUUUUCCUUGGAACAAUAACCAUCUUAUUUUUUUUUUAAUUGCAUGAAUAUUUACUGUGGUAUUCAGUUAAAACAAAUAUAAUUUUUGUAGCAAAUUCCACAACAUGUUUACCCACUGAGUCAUACUUUUUUUUCAUCACAGUAAAGUGAAGCAUACCCCAUUGUAUUCACAUGCUUCUUGUUAAAUCAUUUGUAAACUAAGGAUGGAGAAAUUCCCAAACAGAGGCAGUAGUGGGAACUCUCCAGAGACUGACAAAUAGUCUGAACAUGUUAUCAACUUCCUAGACAUCUCCUCCGCCUUUCCUGAACCACUUGUGGAGUGUUGCUAAAGUACAGUUGGAAGCGAGGAGGGGGGGCUCAGGCAAGGUGGUCUGCAGGAAUGCAAACAGUAUUAACCGAGCGCACACUUGGAUAUCCUUUGGAAACCUGCGUGCUUUUUUGUGCAGUCAUAAGGGAGGAAACACAAGUACUCAUAUCCGUGGGUACUCCUCAGCAUAUCUCUCACUUCAUCUCAGUGGCUAAUGAGAAGGAAACCUCCUGGCAGCUACCAGAAUACAUCUGAUGCUUUGUGGGCACACUGUAUGUUGUGAUGACACGAGGUAUCACGAGGGAGAGAGCAAUGACAAGCGAAUAUAAUGUAUGUGAAAAGACAGUAUGUUCCAAAGGAAGUCUUUAGCCAGCCAAAUGGCAAGUGCUGUUUUUAUGGCUGUAUGCUGUCCCAAAGGGUUCUCCUAACAUUUCCCCUUUGUCUCCUCCAUUCCCAUGCGCCAUCAUUUAAGCCUGACCCAGGUGAUCAGGCUCUAAGGAUGUAAACAUUGUAGUGGGGAAUGUCUUUUUCUACCUUCCCUUGGUGCUUUUUAAAUCUCUGAUAAAGCAUCUUGCAUUUUAAAAUGACCUGACAUUGAACAAAGAUUUUGUGCCAAAAAGUAACCCUGCAGUAUUUAACUGUGACCUUCUAGAGGCAAACUGUACUCUGUUUAAAAAUGUAUGCAGCCAUGGGAGCUGUCGUACAAAGCCAGAACAGAAUCCCCCUGACCUGUCCGUGCACCUCCUGGGGCCUGGCCCCCAUCCAUGUCCUUCAGUCCCUCUUCCCUCCUCUCGCUAGGGAGCCCGAGCAUCUAGCUACACUGGGACAGCAUUAGGCUGUGGGAUUUCUAUUCAAUUUCUCUCUCAAACUUUCUGUUGGUCCCGUCCCCCCCUCACCUUUCACCUGUCUCUCUCUCUCCCUCAGACUCUCACUUCUAGUUUAUGGCACGAUGAGCACUUUUCUCUUUUAACCCCAAGUGAUUUUGCCUUCUCUUGCCUCAGUUCUCCUGCUUGAGUCUUCUUUUUCUGUACUCCUCCCUCUUCACUGUUCACUCCAAAGUAUCCCAGCCCACAGUGGACUAUCCUAAACUCACUCCCUCCUUGAGCAGGUGCCAGGAGGGAGGAGAAACUGAGGGGUCCACUUUGGCUCUGAGCGACUUCUCUCGAGCUGGAACGAUGACUGUCAACAGGAGCUAUAGAUCCAGAGGGUGACAAGGGUGACUCUUCUUUAGGAUUACUCCAGAAAAGAGAAACAUUUGUGGUGGACAUGGUUGUUAUUUUGUGUCCCUGAAAGCAAUAGAAUAGGUGACAAUGAAUUCCCCUGGCUCCCCAAGGGAGAGAGAGGGGGAGUUGGGAUCUCAGAGCUGAGAAACAUCUGUGUUGACAGAGAGGUUGGUCUUUCAUCUAUUGCCAUUUAGAUUUCCUUGGCUUCAAGGCUGCAUUUUGGUAUACAGAAAGAGCAAGGGAGUGGCUGAGGGACUGAAUUCCCUCAGGUGAUGAUUUCAAGUUGUAUUCAAACUGUCUAACUUCAGGCACAGAAUUUAGGUGCUCUGAAUCACACCUGCUUUCUCUCUGUUGGUCUCAGUAGCUAUCAUAGCCUCCUAACGUAGAUGCUUUAAAUUACAUCUUAGCCUGAUGCCAAAAGUUACCUAAGCUGGUUAGUGGGAUUGCCCUCACCUCUCCGCUUUUAUCGUUAUUCUUUAUUCUGGCAUUAUAAAGCAAAAGCAUUAAGAGCACUUCAGUUUGUGCAUUUGCAGUAUGGUACUAAGAACUAAAAUCAUGCCAAAUGCUUCUUGUUCUUGCUGUUUGCUGGCCCGAACGAAGAAUUCAGUUGCGAGGACAUUUCUGCUGUGAUACAUAUGCAUCUAAUGGGCAUCCUGUACAUCUUGUCACCAGAAGAUUUCUCAGAUGCCUGAUAUAAAUAAUCAUCCUUGAUUAAUAUAAAUAAUAAAACAAAAUCCCAAACCAAAAAAGGAGAUAAGACACUGAACACUAGCUGCCCACAUAAAACACUUGAUAACAACUGUCAGGCUAUAUGACAUAGCAGGCCAGUGCAGAAGUUCUUGUGGUUAAUAGCUCAGCGAUGGGGCUUGAAUUACUCAUCAAAGGUUUUUUUUUUUUUUUUCCUUUGAGCAAUCAGUUUAGCUCAGUUCAAAUCAGAGAGCUACAAUGUGCAUUAUAGAUUUUUCAUGGAUGUUAUCUUUGCUAAGAGUUUAGGGAGAGCUGUGAUAUGUGGGUUGGUUUCUUCACCAGAAUGUGAAUACAGUGUCUCUCUCCACAAUGAAAAUGUGAAUGCAUACUGUACCUUAUAAGAUAAACUUGAAUUCUUCCAUUUCUGCAUUUUUGUCUUUUCAAUGCUAAUAUACUCCUUUUCAGUCUUAAAUAGAUGCCACUGUAUGAAGCUAUGCUCUGAUUUUUUUGGUGAUUUCCAUGUGAUAGGUACAGAGCUCACAGGCAACACUAUGUCCAGUUUUAAAAGCAAAAAGUCACUGCACAGAAUGCUGUUUGUUCACAGCAAAUUAGGGAUGAAAUAUGAAAAAAAAAUGAGCUUUUGAUUUCAUUCAGCUUCUUAUACAUUAUAUCAAUGAAGUCAGAGCCAAAUUACUGUGAUAGAAAACAUCAACAUUCACAUGGAAACAUUUGGGGAAAAUAAUUUACUAUUUCAGAUUCUCUAUUUUUGCUUUUAUCAAUAAGGAAGCUGAAAAGAUAAGACUGCUUAAAGAAUGGUAUUUGUUAAGUGAUUGUGAACAAAGUAUCAUUGGACCUCACAUGUAUUUUCAGAAAAGUUUUAACUGGAUGUAUGAUGUAACUUGUAUAGAGUUGCAUGUGAAUCGUGUUAGUCACUGUUUUACAUUGUAUUGUUCUGCAGUGCACAAAUAUGACUACUGAACACAGAAGUGUUACAUUUCAUUAAACUUAAUCUUGUUGCAGUAUAUAGUUCCCCCCUUUUUGUGCCAAAAACAUCAAUACAUUCCAUAAUCUGUUCUAAUAGAGGUUUGCACUUUUUUUUGUGACUCUUGCAGUUCCAAUACUAUAUAUCCCCAUCACGAAGGAAUAAAGUGUCAGUUGUACUGUG